UCUAUACAUAUUGUUGGAAUCUCAUCUGCCAAACAAAACCCGAUCCAGCUUCCCUGUUCUUCGCACACUCACCAACUAGGGUUUUGGAAAAGCUUGAGUAACCAAACAAACAAUGGCGUCCAAGACGCUUCUGAGAAGUGGAUCUACAUUGCUGAAUCGCUUUUCAAAUUCAAAAUCGCUUCUCAACCCAAAUUUGCAUCCCAAUCACCCUCUUCCUCAGCUAUUCCAAAUCCCACCCCUCUCUAAGCUCCCCAGUUUCCCCCAAAACGACGCCGAUUCACCCAGCAAGCUUCUCGCCUCCCAAGGGUUCCUCUACCCGUGUGGCCUCCCUGAUCUCAGCUUCUUCCUACCUCAAGCCACAGUCGAUGUAUCCUAUGAGUGUCCUUCCAAUGAAGAAGACCCUAUGCUUUUAUUCCCCAAAAGGAGCUAUCAACCCAGCACUCUCCGACGAAAGCGGGUUCAUGGAUUUUUUGCUCGGAAGGCAACCAAGGGUGGCAGAAGAGUAAUUGCUCGUAGAAUAGCCAAGGGUAGGUCAAGGAUUACAGCUUAGUGUCAUUGACUCUUGGAUCUAAAGAUUCAAUGUAGGAACUUGGUGCACUUUAUGAUGUAAAGUCUGCUAUGCGCAAAUUUUCAGGCAACUAUAGUGUAUGGAUGUUAUGAUUCCCAUUUUGUCUGUUUUGCAUUCUAUUCGAUUUCAAUAAUAUGACUGUGUUUGAUGUAGUAUAAAA